CCCGCCUGACGUAACCUGAGCAACCACUGUAUACAAACAGAUCCGAAUCGCGGUUUUCUUCCAUUGAGUUUUUUCGUAGGUUAUAAGCCAAUGGGUUUUUGAUUGACAUAGUUUUUCACGUUUUGUGUGUUUUAAUCAGAACUGUACUGGAAAAAUUAUUUGUCAUGAAUGGCAAAAGAGACAUUCGUUACACCAGUAUUCACGAUGCUGUCAUGCAUGGCUCAAUCAAACAGCUGGAAGAAAUGGUGAAAAAUGGAGCAAGUGUGAAUGAAGUAGAACCAAAAUAUAAAUUCACACCAGUACAUUGUGCUUGCUAUGCUGGGGCUGUAGAGUGCCUACAUUGGUUACUGUGGCAUAAAGCGGACACAGCUGAUGUUACACCAAGAUGUUGGACAGCUGCACACAUUGCUGCCAUGAGAGGGCAGGAUGCUUGCAUGCAGGCUCUUGCUAAUAAUGGGGCAGAUUUUUCAUGUAAAGAUGAUAGAGGAUCAUCACCAGCUCAUCUUGCUGCAUCUCAUGGACAUUCAUAUACAUUACAGACCAUUCUAAGAACCGGAGUGGACUUAAACACACCUGAUUUUAAUGGCUGGCUUCCAACACAUUCUGCUGCUUUUCAUGGAAGAUUAGGAUGUUUACAGAUGUUAUCAAGAUGGGGAUCUAGUGUAGAAGAUGUUGAUAAUGAUGGUAAUACACCUGGCCAUUUGGCAGCACAAGAAGGACACUUGUCUUGCCUCAAGUAUCUGAUUUCUCUGUCAGUUGAACCUGAGAGAGUGUUAUCUGCUCGUAAUGAUCAAGGGGAAACACCUCGUGAUCUAGCAAACAGAUUUUAUAAACAGAAUAUUGUGGAAUUUCUUGAUCAUUAUGAGUUGGAGAAAGAUGGCUUGGACGAAGAAAACCUUGCUUUCCCUGCUCAUGUGGCUGCUUAUAAGGGUGAUUUAGCAACAUUGAAAAUGCUAAUUGAACAAGGUGUCAUCAACAUCAACGAAAGAGAUAACACAAUGUCAACUCCAGCACAUAAGGCAGCAGGACAAGGACAAAUUGAAAUAUUACAAUGGCUGAUUGAGAUGGGUGCUAGCAUGGAUAUCCAAAAUUCUAACGGACAAACACCGCGAGAUGUUGCAAAUCGAUUUGGACAACUUGGUGCAUUACAAUUACUUGGUGGUUCUGAAUCUGAUGAUAGUGAAUCAGAUUACAGUGAUGAAGAGGACCUACCAUUGAGGGGUUUAGCUGGUGAUUCAAGUGACAACAAGGGAUUAUUGUUGGAUCCAGAAGAGAAAAGAGCAUCAAGAUCACGUGCUCAUACCAAAAUGGAGAGAAUAGAACGAAUGCUGAAAAUUGCGAAAUCGAAUUAUAAACAACUUGGUGGUGAAUUAGAAGAAGACAGGAGACGAUUGAGAGAAGAUGAAAAAAAUAAAAGGACAAUCGCAGAAUUAGAAGAACAACUAGAUUACGAAAGAAUCAAACGAGAAGGAUUAGAGGCUCAAUCUGAUGAUUUUAGAGCAGAAACUGCUCAUCUCAACUUACAAGUUGAACAUUUAUCAAAGAAUCUUCGAGACACAACUGCUGCAUAUGAGAAGCUACUUGCUGACAGAAGGGCACGAAAGAAAAAACCUAAGAAAAAGAAAGACAUGUCAGGCGGUACUUUUAUCGUUAGAAGCAAAAUGCAAUGAUAUUUGUAAC